CUCGUGUGGGGUCGCGCCUCGGGCUUGGGGCUGGCUCCCCACACAGCUCCGGGUGUGUGCCGGGAAGCGCCGUGGCUGAGGGGCGCUCGCCCGUCCUGCCGGAGCCAUUCCUGCUCGGAGAGCUGGGAGCGCGGCUCUGAGGCGGGAAGGAUCGCUUAUCGCUUGUUUUCGAUGGGAGAGGUGGAGCUGUGAGCCAGGAAAGGAGCCGGUGGUAUGUAGCGCUCAGUUGCCUCCCAGCUGUGCAAGAUCACCGUCUCGGAGGAGCGCGCCGUGGCGUUUGUAUUAUUGGAAGAUUGCAGAGAACACAAAGAUGCUGAGCUUUUUCCGCCGCACGCUGGGACGCCGGUCCAUGCGAAAGCAUGCGGAGAAGGAAAGGCUGCGAGAGGCCCAGAGGGCUGCAACCCACAUCCCUGCAGCUGGGGACGCCAAAUCCAUCAUCACCUGCCGAGUGGCGCUGCUGGACGGCACAGAUGUCAGCGUGGACUUACCGAAAAAAGCCAAAGGCCAGCUCCUGUUUGAGCAAAUCAUGUAUCAUCUGGACCUUAUCGAAAGUGACUACUUUGGAUUAAGGUUCAUGGAUUCAGCACAAGUGGCACAUUGGCUGGACAACACCAAAAGCAUUAAAAAGCAAGUUAAAAUUGGCCCCCCAUAUUGUCUGCAUUUUCGUGUAAAGUUUUACUCAUCAGAGCCCAACAAUCUACGUGAAGAGCUAACAAGGUAUUUAUUUGUUCUGCAGCUGAAACUGGAUAUUCUUAGUGGAAAAUUGGAAUGUCCUUUUGACACUGCUGUCCAGUUGGCAGCUUAUAACAUGCAAGCUGAACUUGGAGACUAUGAUCCUGCUGAACAUGUCCCUGAGCUGGUGUCUGAGUUCAGAUUUGUUCCCACUCAGACUGAAGAGAUGGAAUUAGCUGUUUUUGAGAAGUGGAAGGAAUGCAGGGGCCAAACACCAGCACAGGCUGAAACUAACUACUUAAACAAAGCUAAGUGGCUGGAAAUGUAUGGCGUAGACAUGCACAUAGUCAAGGCAAGAGAUGGCAAUGAUUACAGCCUGGGACUAACACCUACAGGAGUUCUUGUCUUUGAAGGAGACACAAAGAUUGGUUUGUUUUUCUGGCCAAAGAUAACAAGGCUUGACUUCAAGAAGAACAAACUCACUCUGGUUGUUGUUGAAGAUGAUGAACAGGGAAAGGAGCAGGAGCACACUUUUGUCUUUAGACUGGAUCAUCCCAAAGCCUGCAAACACUUGUGGAAGUGUGCAGUGGAGCACCACGCCUUCUUCCGGCUCCGGGGGCCUGUCCAGAAAAGCUCCAGUCGGUCUGGCUUCAUUCGCCUGGGCUCUCGCUUCCGAUACAGUGGGAAAACAGAAUAUCAAACCACAAAGACCAACAAAGCCAGGAGAUCAGCAUCCUUUGAAAGAAGGCCCAGCAAGAGAUACUCAAGACGAACCCUGCAAAUGAAAGCAUACACUGCUAAACUGGAAGAAACAAGUGCUGCAAACAAUGCUGUUAUCAGCCAAACUAAUGGAUCACAAAGCUGGAAUGCAAAGCCAAACCUACCUGUCCUAACAGCGGUUCCUUCUGCACCAGUCUUAGUGGAAAUAGAAAACCUCCCAAGGAGCCCAGGAGCCAGCCAGCAAGAUAAGAAGUGCAUACCUCUUGUUGAUUUGCUAGACAGCACAGACUUGCCAGAAACUUGUGUGGAUGAUGCCCUGGGCCGUCCAGUUGUUGGCUUGGCAGCAGGAGAUUCAGAAGAGGCUGUUAGUUGCCCUCCUCCUGGCACGAAGGAAACUGUUGCAGACAAAGCAGACUCUGAUCCAUUUGAAGACACAUUUCUAAAACUGAAACAGUUGGAGACAGAGUGCAGCAGCCCCGUGCCGACUGAGCGUCCCAACGUAAACAUAAACGUCCAGGAUGAAGUGGUGAAGUUGACAGAUAAAUGUCUUAACAAUGCAAUUGAGAGCCCAAUGGUAGCAGCAAAGUGGCUUCCAGCAGAUCUCAAAAGCAAUAUCCUGAAGGCCCAGGCAGAAGCAGGACACAAGGUUGGAAAAGAUGACAGCAUGACAGGUGUCAAGAAUUCCAAUAUUCAGGAGGCUGCUGCCAGGAACCUUAUCCUGUCAGGCAAAUCACAGAGCAGCCCCCCGGCAACCAGUCCAGUAUUUCAAGAUCCAAGAGAGCUGCUGAGAGCAAUCCCUGCUUCAAACACCCUUGUUCCUAAUACCUUGAAUGAGGACAAUGCUGACUCUAACCAUGAGGACCUGCUAAUUCCAGCUAAUCUGGCUCCAGCUGAGGAGGCUGCUGUUUCAAAGAGCACUCCAGAUGACCAGGACGUUUCCUUAACAUCACUGACAGAGAAUCUUAUUGACUUUACAGAAGCCACACCUCGGGUGUCUUCUCAGCCCAUUGUAACACCAAGGUGGAUAGUGCCAACUGGACUGAUUUCCAACGGGCCUUUGGGAAAUAACGUUGCCUUAUCUUUGAAGGCAGUGAAAGGCAGCACAGAGACCCUGAUGUCCUCAGGUGGGCUGACACCAUCCCAGCAGGCACCUGAAGUGAGCCCAGUUACUGAGGAUGCUACAAUAAGAACAAAAUGUUUACUCACCACUGAACUCUAGAAGAAGGAGUCUCUGAAACUCUCACCUUGUAAAGACUCAAAUCUUCUAACAUAUCUCCAUGGGAUCCUUCCAAAAGACUUGCUUGGGAUCAAACUCAUUCUGAAUGGGAGUCAGACAGCCAGCUGAUUUGCCAGGACCCAGGAAGAGACUUCUGCAUUUUUCACAAUAACUGGAACUGCAGCCUGAGCUGGGAUGUGAAAUCACAUGCACAUUUGAUCUUCUCCUUCGGGAGAAGUGAACUGUCACCCUGGAGCUAGUUCUGAACUGAGGAAAAGAAAGCAGCUGUGUCCUGCUCGUGCUGGUUGAUUGUUCCUUGCCCUGAGCUGGCUCUGGUGCUGGAAGGUGUCGCAGAGCUGUGGGGUGUGAGCUGGGGCCCUGAUGGCUGCGGGAUAAUGAACGUCGCAGGGAUGAGGAGAACUCGCAGGGCCACCUCGUGGCCGUGCCCUGCACAGGGAUCUCCAUGGUGGUCACUGUCCCUUCCGUAACAGCCAAGGACAUUUUCUUCUGUGUGAUUAUUCUCUCUGGUUUUCCCUCGUUGUACCAACACAUACUCUCCUUUUUGGCCUUAACCCCUUAAUAAUCCUUGCACACCCUGUUACAGUACCUGGAACGCAUGAAAAUCUAGUCCAUUAGUGACCAGCUAUGUAGACUGGAUUUGAGCUGCUGCACACUGCAGCCAGGAAAAUGCAAAUUACCUGCCAAACAGCUUGUAGCAUUAGCAGAAUACUUACUGAUAAUCUCAUUUCCUACAUGAUUCAAAUACAUGCAUUUUAGACUAGAGAUCUGUAUGUUUUAAGAGCCAAAGCAGUGAAGGUGUGAGUGCAGCUUGCUUCAGGAAUUGCUUAUUGAUUAGUAUUGCUGUCUUCUAAGACUAGAAAGGAAAACAGUUUUCUUGUUUCUCUUCAUGCUGUUUCUGGGUGUUUUUUCCAGACACUAUGCUUAAGGAAUACUUACCAGGUAUUUUUGCAGCAUGAGAUCAGUUUUUAACACCACUUUGAAUCCUGUUCUAAGUGUCAUUUAAUAGUUGUAUGUGGGACAAAUAACAGAAAGACUAGGGUGAAAAUAGGAAAAAAGGGUGAAAAAUUGCUGUAAGCAAUUCACUUCUUUGUAGAAGGAAGCUAAGAGCACACACUGCACAGUGUGAAGGGACUUUGGGUGCCCAGGUGAAGUUUGGGGUACAGUGCAUACAGUUCAGAGAUCAUUUGAGCUCUGGGCAGCAGUAUUAUCACACGGACCCUGGUGAUGUAGCCUGUGAAAAAAAUAAUGCAGAGUCAGAGGGAGGAGAAACAAAGAUGAUGAAUCCCACAUCUAACAGGGAAGCACAGAUGAAACAACUGUGAUCUUUCUUUCUGAGGAAGAAGUUUGAACCUGUGACUGAGGUUGGAGGGUGUUUUCUGCGUAGUGCUGCUGUUUGUAGAUACUUACAUGCAUGGGGUUCUUAAAAACAAACUUAAAUGUGAAAAUUGGUUCUGGAUCCUGUAUGCACAACAUUUCUGCCCACUGGCUGUGUGCACGUGUCUCAGUGUAAACAAAGGUUUGGACUAAACCACUAUGGGUUGUGCAAGUGAGCUGGGCCCAGCGAGGCUGCUGCAUUCAGACCAAGCUGUUCAUGCUGCUGUUGCUCUCAGAGAAGCCACGUGGAUUUUACAUGACCCACUGCCACGUCUCAAAACCCUUGAGGCCUUAACAGAGGAAUGUAGGGACCAGAGAAGGCUCCUAGGACUGACAUACCAGAGUGACUCUGCAGGCAGUGAUUUGCAGCCAUUGCCUCAAGAGCCAGGAUUUCAGGAUUAGUGGCAGGUGCUGCAGGUGCCUCUCCAGACAGCACCAGAGCAGCCCACGGGCAGGUCCUGCUCCCGCGCUGCCGGAUGAGCAGAGCCACUGCCCCAGCCAGGCACAGGAUUCCUGCUCCCAGCCCUUCAGCUCUCUCAUUGCUACUUCCAGUUGAGUAUUGGCUUUUUUUUAUGCUUUUAAGUCUCAGCCUUACUGCUUAUUAAAAUGUAGAAGAUUCCUGAUUUGAAUAUCAAAUGUCUUAUUCUGGAUUAAUAAUGCAGUUGCCAGCAAAGUUCCUGCAGGAAAAGGGAAGCAAUGGCUGCAACAGUCUGCUUUCUGCACAAAGCCAGGACUGUGUGUGGAAACUUGGCACUUGUUAUUCAUCUGUUUGCUCAGCAGCUGAGCUGGCAUUCACCAGCUACAUGUGUUGGGUUUGUAAAUAGACAGAAUGCAGUAGCAUUUUCUUAGGCAUGUUUGAUAUUUGGCUCUUCCCGUUGGGUUCAGGAGCUCUGCGAACUGUCAGCUUGAAUCCCUCCCAAAACUGGAAUAACAGAAGUUUACAGUUUUCCAGCACUGUGUGUUGAAUACCAUCCUUAGAUUCCUCCCAAGCCAUCACAGCAAAUAACAAGUAAAUAGCGUGUGGUGAGUGUGUCCCCUGAAAUCGAAAUGGUUCCAAAUAACCAACUGUUAUUUCAGCAUGGUCAGGAUAGCCGUGUUUGGAGGGUAAUGUUGCAAUUACACACAUGCACACACACAGAAACUUCAAAGGGGUGAGGCUUUCCUCAAUUUUCAGAGGACUAAUAUUUGAAACUUCACAUAAAAAUGCAAACAUUUCAACUGGUAAAUUGGGAACUUGCAAUAACUUACAGAUUUGGGGCUACAAACCCAACUCUUCCCAGCAAAAUCUGACACUUGGAGCAACUAUUCACUCAAUUUACCUUGACAUAGCUUACUUAUCUAACCAAAUCAUUGCUUAUGUAGGGAGCCUGGCGAGACCAAGGUGACACAGGUUUGUGAUCUGAACAUCCUGCAGUUUGGCAUCACUGUUCUGGUUUGCAGUUAGAAGUACUGUGUUACAACAUGACUGCCUAACUGGUAAUGUAGCAUUCCUCAUCACCUGCAUUUUAUCAAAAUAGGGGUAAUAGUUCCUACAGUUAGUGUUAUAAAGUAUCAGUUAAUGCCUGUGUGCUACUGAGAAAAAAGGAUUUUCCUGCCAUUACUAUACUAUUGAUUGAUUGGCUAUAAGGGUCCAAGCAUGUUCUUAAAGUCUAUUUUUUGGUAUUUAUUUAAAGAGAUUUAUAAAUAAAGCUUUUGUGUGAAUCUGGUGUCAGGAUGUUGGCAGGUCUGCCAACCACUGAAAAGCUGUAAGAGUUGACAGGGAUGAAUGAAUGAAUGAAUACUAAGUGAUUGCAUCUGACAGUAAAAGUGAUUUUACUCCAGUCACAUUCUGUGACUGGAGUAAAAGGUUUUAUAGAAAUCUUGGUGUUUAUAAUAACAGCAUCCCUGCCCUUCUCUCAAACUGAUUAACCUGAGAGAGAUGCAUUUCAGUCUCAUCCAUUUAAGAGUCUGCAUGUGCUGUGUGCAUUUACAGGCUUAGGAAAUGGGCAUUAAAACGUGGGAGUUGAGGCUUUCUUACACCAGAAUUAAGAGAAUCUCUUCUUUAGUUCAGUAGUAAUAGAGUUUAAUAUUAGAUAAUUUAUAGGACAUAAAUUACCUACUUACCUGUUAAUCAGUCAUGGUUAAUGAAUUGUAUUGAAUGUAUUUGAUUUUAAACUUAAAUUUUUCUCAUAUUUUGUCAAAGACACACAGCUGUGUAAGGCAAUUUUGGACAAUUUUUUGGACACACCUUUGGCAAGAAAAUUUGCAGCCCUGUUAGAGAAGCUCAGGUGAACAGUGCAGCUAUGUGUGGGUCUCUGUACAAGCUGUUUGCAGCCCUUGCCUGCUUUCCCUUUGUCUGCACCCUGCUCCUUCCUUCUCAUUUCAUGAAGCAAAGACAUACUCUUGGGAUGAGCAUGUCCUUCACAAACAGCACUGGAUGUAUUUUUCACAUUGUGAACGUAUUUUGGUACAACCCAAAUCUACUGGUGAAGUGAUAGCAGCUAGCAGCCAGCUAGCAUUUAAAGCUCUGUCUGGGCACAUAGUGUUUCUGAGUUUAGGAAGCUGUAGUAUCUAUAUACAUAUAUAUAUAUAUAUAUAUAUAUGUAGCUGUUAGACACUGUAAUGUCACAGCUUUCAAAUGCAGCUGGACAAUCAUAACUUUUCAACCAAAAGAUAGACCAGUAUAUACUAAUGGCCUUUCAGUGACACAGGUGUGAUCCGGGUGUGUUUGCUCCAGGUGUUGGCACCACCGACAGGAGUGCAGGGCCCUCCCCACAGUGCCGGGCAGAGGCAGAGCUGCAGUGGCUCCAGGCAGUGCUGGCGGGGAUGCUCAGCACAGCCCCUUAAAGCCAGGCCCGGCUCGGUGUCACAGGCGGCUCCGUGUGGCUGCUGGCCUGAGGAGCAGGCACUGCCGGCAGCGCUGCCACACCCACAGGGCCGGGAGCCCCAGGAUUCUCCUGCAGAAUUCACCUCCUUUAGACUGCUUGACUUGAGCACUCUGCUCCUAAACACACACACCACCCCCACCUAUAUAACUGGACAAACUUAUUUUUAAAGUAUAUAAGAAUAUUUUUUUAGCUAGAUUUGUUUUGUUAAAGCCGCACUAACUACUGUAUUUUUACUUUUUAUAUGUAAAGCUUGGCAAUAGCUCUCAAUGUAUAAUUUAUUUGUUGGGUUUUUUAUAAAACGAAGUGCACCCUCUUGCUUCUGAUUCACAACACUGGUGAUGUAUGAACUGUCUUAGGCAUUGCACUGAGAUCUGUAUUGAAACUGUACAUGGGAACAUGUAGAUCUGUAGUCCACUCAACCCAGUCUUGGAAUAUUUGUACUGUAGUUUUGUCUUAAAUACACCAUGU